AUGGAACAAGAACCUCCAGCAGCAACCACAGCAGCAGCAACAACACCCAUUGAGGUCUGCACAAAUCAGCCUCCUAUUGGUCGGAAGAGAAGAAGAGCUAAUGCAAAUGCUAUUAGAAAGAGGUCUGAGGUAUGGGACCAUUUUAACCUUAUUCCUGAUAGUGAUCCCGCUACUGCGGCAUGUAAGUACUGCCAUCAAAAGUAUAUGUGUGACUCUAAGAAACACGGAACGUCAAAUUUAAAGAGUCACAUGAAAACAUGUCCUAAGUAUCCGUUGAACCUUUCAACCGACCCUACCCAAACCGUAUUGACAUAUUCAACAAUUCCGGGGGUUGGGUUGGUUCCAACAUCUUCUAGGUUUGAUCCUGUAGGUUGUAGAAAGGGGUUGGCUUACUUUAUUAUUUUAGAUGAGAAGCCCUUUAGAACAGUUGAAGGAGAGGGUUUCAAGUACUUUUGUUACCAAAUGCAACCCCAAUUUACAAUACCAUCAAGAAGAACCAUAGCUAGGGAUUGUUUUCAGAUAUAUCUUGAUGAGAAAGUGAGGUUGAGAGCAUUAUUUAGUUCUGAUUGUAGUAGAGUGGCAAUUACAACAGAUUGUUGGACUUCCGUUCAAAAUCUAAACUACCUGACCCUCACUGCUCAUUUUAUAGAUAGGGAUUGGCAAUACCAAAAAAGGAUAAUCAGCUUUGCGAUUAUACCAAAUCACCGAGGUAAAACAGUUGGUAAGAAGGUUGAGGAUGUGCUGAAGGAGUGGGGGCUGAGAAACGUUUCAACUAUCACGGUAGAUAACGCGGCAUCAAAUGAUGUUGCUGUUAAGUAUUUAGAGCAGAAGAUAAGAAAUAUGAAUGGACUUUUUAUGGAUGGAUUUGGGUUUCACAUGAGGUGCUGCGCACAUAUACUGAAUUUGGUCGUGAGAGAUGGAUUAAAAGUAGCUAGCACCUCAAUUUCAAGUGUUCGAAAUGCGAUAAGAUAUGUGAGAUCUUCACCCCAUAGAGCGUUAAAGUUCAAUGAAUGUGUGGGCUAUGCCAAUAUUACAUGCAAGAAGUCGGUAUGUCUUGAUGUUUCAACUCGUUGGAACUCGACGUAUUUGAUGUUAGAUGCAGCUGAGAAGUAUGAAACAGCUUUUGAUAAGCUAGAAGAUGAGGUUGAGGAUUAUAGGGAUUUCUUUGAAGGUGAUUCCCCCCUAGUAGUGAAGAUUGGGAGAAUGUUAGGGUAUUUAUUAAGUUUUUGA